AGCACACCCCAGUCGAGUUAGGGAAGGCGGGAGCAUUCGGAGGAGGAAGAGGAGAAGGAGAAAUGGAACAGACGCCUGCUGUGGCUUGUGGGGAAGCCGAGGAGUCCCUGGUCGGCGGCACGGUGGUGCGGGAGAUGGCGAAGAUCCGGGCAUCGACCUCCCGGCUCGGAGUGUUGCUCCGGGAGGCGUUGGAGGGGAAUUCCACGGUGGGAGCCGUCUUUGAGGAGCUCGAAGGCUCGAUCUCGCGAGCCUUCUCUUUGCUGGACCGCAAGCAGCAGGGCGGAGAUGCCCCCCCUUCUUCUGGGCACCAAAGUAGCGAGAUCCCGACCAAGAAACGGAAGGUGAAUCCGGCGGGUGAUCGGCGUGGAGGUUGCCGGAGAAGAAUACAAUCUUCUUCCCUGCGGAUCGUCAAAUCCAAGACACUGGACGAUGGCCAGACCUGGAGAAAAUACGGACAGAAAGAGAUCCAAAGUGCUAAGCAUCCGAGGAGCUACUUCAGGUGUACCCACAAGUACGAUCAAGGUUGCAUGGCGCACAGACAGGCGCAGUUAUCAGAGGACGAUCCCACUGAUUUCGUGAUCACAUACAUCGGGGAACACACCUGCAGGGAUCCAACCGUGGUGCCUCCUCAGAUGGUCUCUGCUUCCAUUUUUCAGGACACCUGCCUAAUUAGCUUUGGAGCAGGCGGUCAUGGCGUUAGGCAAGAAGCUUCGGUGCCUGCUUCCUUUGCCUCUCAGAAACAAGAGAGUGAUGAAGAUGCAGCGAGCAAUCUGACCACUGCCAGUUCGUCGUCGGGCUAUUUCCUGCUACCAGCGACCGAGAAUCCGGUGGUGACGACCCCCGACGUUACCUCCGGCUUCCACACCGCGACCGAUCUAGACAUGGACUUCAUGGCAGACACAUAUCUCGAGGAUGUGUUCGGGUUCGAUGACGACGAGUUCUUCCGAUGAGAUUUGGUGCCUUUCUUGUAAUACCAGUGGAUCUUAACAGCAGAGAAAACCUAGUCUGAGGGCAGCACCCACCAUGUUCCCCAGCUAUUUACUCAGCAAUUAAUUGCCUUCGUUCGCGGCGAGGAUCUUUCCAGCCAUCAACAGCACAGUGACAAGGAAACGCUUGCUAUCUUCCAGGACAGAUCACAUAGCAUCCAAGUCAAAUGAAUGUAUUUUCGAGCAGCAUUUUCUUCAUCUUCAACCUCCUGUCGACAGCCCAACUUUCCGAAGGCUACACCAUCUGUAUAGUUGCAGAAAGAUGCUGACACUUCAGAGCAUGUACUUGUUGGUAUGCAGCAUCUUGAUCAUGUCAUGAAGAUGCUGCUAAUUACAAGAUCUGUAGAACUGUGUAACCAAUUUAGAAAUAAUGAUCCAGAAACACUUUUUGUUCUA